GAACUGACUGACGUUAAUUGGUAUUAUAUAGCAUACAAACUAAUUGGGAAACCAUACUAUUAAAAAGUUGCAUAAACAGUAAAUAAACUAAGCUUGCAUCAAAAUUUAUGAAAUCCCACAGCCCAAAACAUAAUUAAAUUGGAAAAUGAACAACCAAAUUUUUUGUUAUUGCCUAUACUUAUUUUGUAAUUGACCUAUUGAGAGUGGUUAAUAUUUUUCCCAUUUGCCAAUAGCAAAAAAAAAACACAAAUUCAAUUACUAAUUAGUUGCUUUGUUUACCAGUAGGCAGCAAAACAUUCCCUUUCUAUUUAAUUGUCUCUAAUGAAUGUGGCCUUUCAAUUUGAAACUUAUUAUUACCCUUAAAUAGUUACCUUUUAAUAUAGUAAAUUCAAAGCAGCAGCGUAAUUAUGCUGAAAUAGUUGAAGAGGUGCAUCAUUUAAAUUUGUAUUUAUAUUCAGGGUGAGUGAAUAGAGCUAACUGAGUGAUUAUAAGUAUUAAUUGAAAUAUAAAAUUUCGUAAGCAGCAGGCAUAAUUGUGAGGAAAAGUGCACUUCUAUGUAUUAUAUGUGACGUGGUGGUUGAUACACAAUUGUUUUUUUUACAUUUUCUACAAUUUGUGUUUAUUAUAGGAGCAUGCUGAGAUAAUGAACAACUCUUGUAUUUAAAUGUAUUAUUAUGUUUUGGUCAAAUAGAAAGGGCUUACUUAAGACUUACUAUUCAAGUUUAACAUUUUACAAUCGUAAGUUUAAGUAUAAAAAGCAGCAUGCCAUAUUAUAAAAACGUUCGAAAGGUGUUCCAAUUAGAAGUAUUUUCACAGUCACGGUGAAUUUAAAGAGUUUACUUUGUAUGGAAAGACUUUUGCUUGUGAACAUAAUAAAAACAUUUUAAAAUAGUCAUUUUUAUAUUAAAAGCAGCAGGCAUAAUUAUGAUGAAAUAUGAGGAAAGCUUUUCCUCGGAAAAUUAUUAGGGGAUUAAUUGAGAUUUAAUUUUCCUUCACCUAAUUUAUACUUUUAAAAGUUGAAUUUCAAUAUAUUUAGAAAUGCAGUCCUAAUAGUGCUGCAAGAUCUAAAACGUUGUUUAAAUCAGUGAAUGGAUAGGGAAAAAUAAAGCCUUCAUUCUACUUUAAUUUAAAGGUCUGAGUUAUUUAUUUUGAAUCUUAUGGGGGAACUACAAGCCCUGGAUCUGCUAAAGAUGUUUAGCAUAAAUAGUUCUUAUGCAAAUGGUGCCAAGAUGUUGCUAGUUGGUAGAUGGGGGACUACAAAUGAGGUUCAGGUAGCCGCCUGCAUUCUGGUAAUUACUUUUGCCACGUGCGAAGGGGCAGCUGUUGCACGUAGCACCUAUCCACCACUAUGUGUAGUUGUACUAUAUCUGCAUUUGUAUCUGUAUCUGUAGCUGAGGUGGCGCCCCUUACACACAUGACAGCAGAUACAUAUCUUUUGCUUAUAUACGAAGGGGAUCUAUGUACUAUAUACUAUAUACUAUAUACUAAAUGUGUGGCAACUGGUAGCGGAAAUAAUAUGGGGGAGAGGAAUGGAAUGGAAAGGAGGGAAGAGGAGGGGAGAGGAGAGGUGCAGGAUGCGGUGAGACAACUCCCCUAAUCAAAUAAUGCCAGUCGCAUUCAGGAUCUAUCUUGUGCCGCUGUUUCUGGUUCUGUCUCUGGUUCUGUUUUUGUUUUUGUACUGUUUCUGCACUUCUACCUUGGCUUUGUCACAACAAAGGACGAGACAGGAUCCUCGCAAACAGCUGACAGCUGUGUGCCUCCUGUCUCAGUCUCUGUCCCUACUUCCAAAUGCGAUAUCCUUGUGCGCUGUCAUUGCCCUGCCUUUGAGUAUCCUUCGGAUGCAGCAGACUCUUCAUCUCCAUCCCACUCAUCAUCUGCAUGUGUCGCGUGCCGUCUGCCGCUUAAAUUUGCCCACUGCCCAGCUGCUGUUGGUGCCUCCAGUUUCUGGCUAAUCCGCUUGCCAGUUGCCCCCUGACUGCUCUGAUUUGCUGUUGGCUUUUGGUCAAAAGGCAAUUAAAUUUGGCCACCACAGCGGGGCAAAGGACAUCCAAUCUGCGGGGCUGAGAGGCUUUCACUAUGCAUGUGGGAGAUCCGGAAUCGGGAUCCACGUAUAUAACGCAUUACUCCGCUUUUCUCUGGCAACCAAAUUGUAACGGUCGCUUGGGCAGCAAAAAGUAGGGGAGUGGCUGCCUUUAGGGAGGGUUUUCGGUCCUCAUAAACAACCAAGUUAAACAAGUAUGAAUUUAAAUGGGAAGGGAUCGACAAUAAAAUACCCAGCGAUUUAAUUCAAAAAGUCAAAUGACAAAAGACAGCAAAAACAAAAAGUAAAACAAUUACUUCUUUUAAGCCUUUAAUGCCUAUGAAGCUUAUUUACUAUUGAAAUCAUCUUAAAUGUGAUUUAAGUCGGUGAUUUUAGUUAUUCAGGUGCCUAAUUUUACUUUUGCUUUCCCAAGACAAAAAUAUGAAACAGAACAAUCAAAACAGCAAACACUCUAAAAGUUUAUUAUUUAAUUUUUUCUCUGAAAGAAGUUGAAUCAAAAUAUGAAUGAAAAACUAGAAAUGCUUUGGACUUUGCAAGCUCUAGUUUAUGACUUGACACAUUUAUGGCAAGAAUAUGUACAUAUUAAAUUAAAUUGUUCUCUAAAGCUAAGCAUUUCAAGUUUAUUUGAUGUGAUGCAAGCGUUUUUAAACAAAAACUUUUUAGCUAAACAAAUAAUAUUGAAAGUUUUUAAAGAUAGACCUACAAAUAAAUAUUUUUAGCUAAUUAUGCAUAAAAUUAAGCAACUUGUUCUAAUGAAUGCUAGAAAAAAAUCAUAUUAGGUUGAUAUUGUCAUAUUUCUGGUGGCGACAGUGUGCUGAUAUGAUCUAGUCUGCACUGGCGAACACAUAAUCUUAUGUGGACUUAAAUAUCACUAAACAGCACACAUCAUAUCCUACCCUAACUUUGCUUCUAAGUGGCAUCGAAACGGAAUUAAAGCCACGAGGGAGCGUUAUGAGUUGGUAAAUAAGAAUUAAAAACGCUGAUAAAGCGCACCGAAUGAAACGCCGGCUGCUCCUGCAAUUCGCCAGGGGUUUUUAGGUUUUUAGUUUUGGUCCCAGUUGAAAUGUCUCAGUUGGCAGUGUAUUUCAACCCUCAUUUCGAAGGUUGAUCAGGAGCAGAUGUUUCUGUGCGUUCCGUGUUUCUGUGUCUCUGUUGUACUGGCUUAAUGGAACGCGCCAAACACAGUCGGUCAUUGUACGGGUGUCUUAUGUACAAGUAAAUGGUGUUUGUGUUUUAUGGGGUUGGGGUAUCGCGGCGCAGCACGAUCCACUCGACUGCGCGCCGGCGCAGGAAGUGGAGGAAGUUGAGGAGCUGCCGGCUGGAACGACUCUUCAGAUCAGUUGAGUCGCAGUUGCCGAGGCGAGCGGAUCGCAGAUCUUGAAAGCGCAGAACAGUGAAAAGUGUUUGGGAAAACCCAAAGAACACCCAAAGAACACCCCUCAAAGGUUGUGAAAUAACCGCCAGUACAGUACACAGUGCCAACAUGUCGCAGCAUAACUAUACGAACCCGGCAUUUUGCCAAAACAGCGAGUUUUAUCCGGUGCCCAGCAGCAACAGCUCUUCGCGAGUGGAGUCCAUCUACAAUCGGAGUCUUCAGAUGAAUUUCGGGGCAGCUGCUCCGCGUUCUGGACAUGCCACGCCCACUCGAGAUCCCCGCGAAGGUCCCCUGCGUAUGCAGCGUAGCAUGUCCACGCGUUCGGUGACGCGGAAACAACAUCAGCAGCAGCAACAUCAGCAGCAGCAACAGCAGCAGCAGCAACAUCAGCAGCAGCAACAGCAGCAGCAGCAACAUCAGGCCAAACAGCAGCAAUAUCAGCCGAAUCAGCAGCCAUCUUCUAGUGGCCGCUAUGCUUUGGUUCCUCUGGAGGAACUGAACAGCAGUAGGGCCAGCAGAUAUGCCAUAGUUCCUGGCCAGGCUGCCCAGAGAUUGGCCAGAUCGCAGGAUAACCUGGAUCGCUACAGUUCCCGGCAUGGCUUGCAUGAGGAAGAGGAGCCGCACUCCUUCCACGAAGAACCCCAUCAGGAGACCCAGUUUGCCAGCUUGCCGCCCACAUUGAAUCUGCCACCCAAGCCCAGGAGCCAUACUAAUAAUAAUAAUAGCAACAACCCGAAUGCCAAUCAAACGAAGAUAAAGCAUGCCUUUAGCAGUGAUUUCGGCAGCAAGACCUUUCUGAUUGUGGAUAAGAAUAGCAACCAGCGGUACCAGAUGGUGCCCACCGCCGAGGAUGAGGAACUGGUGGACGAGAACCAGGAGAUCAUACAGAUGCACAACGGCAGGGCCCAUCGCUAUGCCAUGGUGCCCACGGAAGCGGAUGAGGAUGAUGACUUGGAGCAGGACCAGCAGGAUCAGCAGGAUCAGCAGGAAACGUGCCUCAGCAACAUGGAGUUGAGUCAGCAAUAUGCGGCCAGAACUUCAACGCCGCAGCAGAGGAAUGCAGCUGCUGCCACGAGGGCGCUGCAUGAGCUGCUGACCACGCCCAGGAAAAUGCAGCCGCCUCCGAGAUUGGCCCACUCCACGCCCCGCAAUGCCGCCCAUCAUGAGCAGUUGCAGAUGGAGCGUAGACUGGAGAUCUACAAGAGCCAGCAGAUCUACCAAAGUCAGCAGGUUGCACCUGCUUUGCCCCUCCGACCGAACCGACUUUCCCCCCAGAGACUCCACUACGAAACGGUGAAGCCGCUGCCCAUGCAGAUGGCCGAUCGCUCGAUGGCCGUGAUCAGUCCCCGGGUUCAGGAGCUGGAGCAGGAGCACGACCGAGAACAGGACAUGAGCAGCAUCCAGGGAAAGGGAAAGGACAAAGACUCCUACCCGCAGAAAAUGGCCAAUGCCACCAUCACCUUGGCCAUCGUCUCCCUGAUGCUCGUAUUGGGCAGCACCACCAAUGCCGGACUCAUCAUCUACAUGAUAUCACGACUUGGUAAAUCCUUUUACCUGCAGUUUGGCCUGGUGUCCUCCUUUUGUGGAAUGGGUCUUGGCUUCCUGGGAUUCAAAUCGCGCCAGUGUGACUGGUUGCCGAACCGGAGCUAUAGUUCCGGAUAUGUUCUGGUGACCGUGUUUUGCCUCUUCAAGUCCUGCGGUCUGCUAGUGAUUCUGGUUGUGGAUCCCUUCCCCGGUUUUCCUGUCCACGAUGUGACCACCGGAAUUAUCCUAGGACUCUCCACCUUCACCAUGUUCUUCAUCGGAUUGGGAGUGAUGGGAAGUCUCUGGUGCCACCGACCGCCGCCGGAUAACCGCGUCAAUGUGGUGUAAUCCAAAUAUAGUAGUUAACUUUCGCUUUUAGUCUCUAAUUAGUUGUACAUCAUCCACUUCGACAUCAAGAACUUGACACACCGAACGGCUAAAAGACCAAAAACCAUGCAUUAGAUUUAUAAUCAGAGGAAGAUCAUCAUCCCCCAAAACGACUGUAUAUAAUAAGUGGGUUGUACUUAUUGCUAGAUCAUAGUUUGUUUAACUUAUUGUUCACCCUUAGAAUAAGUGUGUUUCGGUAUAAGAAUAAAAUAAAGGCACUUCAAUACCAACUUGUAUGAAUU